AUGCUUCGAAUCAACAGUGAAAGAAGGCUUUUCAAUGGUGUUUGUAACACCCAAUUUAACUCUCUGGUUAACCAUAGGCAUCUUUCCUACAAAUCCCAUGAAGAAUCGCAUACGGACUGGUUUCCUCCUGCUCCUCCUCCUCUUUCUCCAUCUUCCUCCAAGUCUGUGGUUAGAACCGUAUGUUCUUUGGUCUGUCAAUCAUACUAUCAGCAACAAACCCAUUUCAAAUCCUCACCUACUCAGCUUAAUCUUUCCAUUGGUUCUGAGUAUUUGAUGGCCGAAGAAGCGAUCACCGUAGUUGCGUCCCUUGCCGACGAGGCUGGAUCAAUGGUGGCUCUCAGUUUCUUUUAUUGGGCAAUUGGAUUUGCUAGAUUCAGGCAUUUUAUGCGGUUUUAUGUCGUUGCGGCCACGUCGAUGAUCGAAAAUGGGAAUUCGGAGAGGGCCCACGAAGUGAUGCGGUGUAUGGUGAGGAAUCUGGCUGAGAUUGGCAGGUUGAAGGAGGCUGUUAGUAUGGUUAUUGAAAUGAGAAACCAGGGUCUGGAGCCGUGUACUCAUACCCUAAAUUGUGUACUCAAUGUGGCUACAGAGAUGGGUUCCAUUGAACUUGCAAGGAAGGUGUUUGUUGAAAUGUCUGAAAGAGGUGCAUUUCCUGAUGCUUGUACUUUCAAGAUUUUGAUUACCUCUUACUGUAAACUUAAUGAUAUUUCCCAGGUUGAUAAAUGGUUAACUGCAAUGUUGGACAAGGGAUAUUUCAUAGACAAUGCUACAUGUACAGUAGUUCUUGCUGCUUUUUCUGAAAAGGGUAACAUAAAUCGAGCAUUAUGGUUUUUCUAUAAGAUGAUUGGGAUGGGAUUAAAACCAAAUGUUAUUAACUUUACUACCUUGAUAAAUGGUUUGUGUAAGAAGGGACGUGUUAAGCAAGCUUUCGAAUUGUUAGAAGAGAUGGUUAGGGACGGGUGGAAGCCAAAUGUGUAUACACAUACAGCAUUGAUCGAUGGCAUGUGUAAGAAGGGGUGGACUGAUAAAGCAUUUAGGCUUUUUCUGAAGCUUGUGAGAAGUGAAUCUUAUAAACCUAAUGUGCACACUUACACUGCUAUGAUCAGCGGGUACUGCAAAGAGGGGAAAGUUAAUCGUGCAGAGAUGCUUUUGAACAGGAUGCACGAACAGGGAUUGGUUCCUAACGAAGAUACUUAUACUACUCUCAUCAGUGGGCAUUGCAAAAGUGGAAAUUUAAGUCGUGCGUAUGAAUUGAUGGAUGAGAUGAGCAAAGAAGGCUCGCCUCCAAAUAUGUGUUCCCACAAUGCGAUUAUUGAUGGGUUAUUUAGAAAAGGAAGGGUUCAAGAAGCAUAUAAACAGUUGGAGAUUGUCUUGAAACAGGGGUUGGAAGCUGAUGAGGUUACAUAUACUAUUCUCAUAAUGCAGAAAUGCAAGCAAUCGGAUAUUAAACAUGCCUUAGCGAUAUUUAGCAAGAUGAUCAAGAUUGGCAUCAAACCUGAUAUACAUUUGUACACCACUUUGAUUUCAGGAUUUGCUCGAAUAAAAAGAAUGGAAGAAAGUGAGAGGCUUUUUGAUGAUGCAGUGAAGCAUGGCUUGGUCCCAACUAAGGAAACUUACACUUCUAUGAUCUGUGGGUAUUGUAGAGAUGGGAAAGUCGAUUCUGCUACAAAAAUGUUCGAGAGAAUGAGCGAACAUGGUUCUGUGCCUGAUAGUAUUACUUAUUGUGCUCUCAUAAGUGGUCUUUGCAAAGGGUCAAAGUUAGAUGAGGCUCGAUUACACUACGAUGCCAUGAUGGAUAAGGGACUUUCGCCAUGUGAAGUUACUCGUUUGACAAUAUCUUACGAGUAUUGCAAGGUGAAUGACUCUCUUACAGCCAUGAAGGUCUUAGAUAGAUUAGAGAAAAAACUAUGGGUUCGUACUGUUAACACUCUGGUAAGAAAGCUAUGUAGUGAAAAGAAAGUGGAGAUUGCAGCUUCUUUUGUUCACAAACUCAUUGAUAAAGACAAGAACAUUGACCAAAUAACGCAUAGAGCUUUUCUUACUGCAUGUUAUGAUAGCGAAAAUUAUGCCAUUGUUUCUGAUAUGUCUGAAAGAAUAUCAAAAGGAAUUGGUUAGCAUGCCAAGGACAAGAUGGUAAAUUUCACCCAUCAUGAGUAGGGAAGGGGAUUCUGAAAUGGAUCUAGAGACUGCAAUGGUUGCUGUUAACAGUGUUCCUGAACGAAUGACUAUAGAAUCAAUGGCAGUGAUGUUCAAUCUUGUGAUUUGCUGUAGGAGAAAUGGCAUGAAUUGCAAUGUCAUUUUAGCUGCCAACUUGUUCUCUGCAACAGGUUCCCCAUCUGACUCUUGCUUCUUUUCUUUCUAUAUGUGGCUGCUAAUCUUUGCGUAUGUAAACGAACAUUAAUCAUCAUUGUUUAUGAAUUCAGAUCAAGUGUUUUCGAGCC